AUGCCUUUGGGCGGCUCCGUAACCUUCGGCCAAGGAUCAACGGACGGAAAUGGAUACCGGUGCAAACUCCGAGAACUGCUGAUGGCUGACGGAUUCAAGGUUGACAUGGUUGGCUCCCGGAAAGUGGGGGCGCUGGGCAGUGCUCACGAGGGAUGGCGUGGGUUCCGCGCCGACCAGAUCGGUCAGAAAGCCAGGAAAUCCGUGCCGGUGCACAUGCCAAAUGUCUUCACGGUCAAUGCCGGAUCAAACGACUGCCUUCAAGACUUUGAGAUUGAUCGAAUCGGAGAUCGAAUGGGCCGCCUAAUGGACUAUUUAUGGGCGGCAGCUCCGCGAGCAACGAUCAUCCUGUCAACUCUGCUUGUCAACGCGGAUGAAAGAACAGAGAGGCGAAUCCUCAAAGCGAACGAUCGACUCCAGAUUCUAGCCCAGCAGAAAAUUUCGGAGCACCGGAGGCUAGUCUUAGCGGAUAUGCACGGUUCAGACGGACCUAGGCUCGAUGAGUUGGUCGAUGGAACGCACCCAACCGAUGAGGGAUACGGGAAGAUGGCAACCAUUUGGCACAGAGCCAUCAGAGAGGCCGUGCAGAGGGGGUUCAUCUGA